CAAACAAGCAGCCUGACUCACGGAGAGUCAUAUGACAUGCUCGGGUCACGUGAGAAUUGUGAAAGACAAAUAAAGUAAAACUCAGCAGAGAACAGCGUUAUAUAUCCACUUCAGCGGAUAUAUUUUUAACAUCUUCACUGGCCUCGUGAAAACAAGCGCAUGAAAAUCUUGCAUGGGUUUGCAUCUGAAAAUUUAAAGAGCAUAAGUUUUGUGGACCAGCAAUCUUAAAACAAUGGUGCGUGCUUGUGUCGUAGUGUUAUUAUGUGUGUGUCUGAAUGUGUGUGGUGCUCUGAUUUGUCCUGAUGGAGGGAUGUGUGAAGAUGGAAACACCUGCUGUCAAACUCCGUCAGGACGAUACGGCUGCUGUCCGCUACCCAACGCAGAAUGCUGCUCCGAUCAUCUGCAUUGCUGUUAUCAGGGCACUCUCUGUGACCUGGUACACUCCAAGUGUGUGAACAAGACACACAUUUUAGACUGGGUGGAAAAAGUCACCACAAAGCCGCAAGCCGUAAUUUGUCCAGAUCAGGAGUCUGAGUGUCCUGAUGACACCACGUGCUGCCAGAUGCCUGAUGGGAGCUGGGGCUGCUGUCCUAUGAAAAAUGCCGUGUGCUGUGAAGAUAAGAGACACUGCUGCCCUCAAGGAACUCAAUGUGACCUUGAGCAUUCAAUGUGUGUUUCGGCAACAUACGGAUCCUCCCCACUCUGGAGGAAGUUCGCUGCUCGCCGCAGGAAACCAUCAGAGAGGACAGCAGUUGUUCCAGCUCCAGACUCCAGUGAUAUUAGAAAUGCGAUUUGUCCAGAUAAGGUUUCCACAUGUCCGGAUGAUACAACGUGCUGUAAACUAGAGAAUGGAAGUUACAGUUGCUGCCCAUUGCCAAAGGCUGUGUGUUGUUCGGAUCAUUUGCACUGCUGCCCAGAGGACACGACUUGUGACCUUGUCCAUAGUAUGUGUGUGUCAGCCAAUGGCGUCACGGUAAAAAUGGCCACUAAGAUCCCAGCCACCUCCCUGAAUCAGAAAGCUUCAUCCAAUCAGAAAUGUGACGACACGGCUUCAUGUCCUGAUGGUUCUACUUGCUGCAGAAUGUCAUCUGGAAAAUGGGGAUGCUGCCCUCUGCCACAAGCAGUGUGUUGUGAGGACCAUCUCCAUUGUUGUCCUCAUGAUACUGUGUGUAAUCUGGCCGCCAGCACUUGUGACAGUUCCAGCGAUCAGGGUCCCCGUUUUUCUGUGCCCUUGGUGAAGAAGACUGCCGCAGUGACCCUGCCAUCACAGAACCAAAACUGUGACGAGACAUCACUGUGUCCAGCUGGGACAACCUGCUGUAGACUAACCUCAGGGUCAUGGGCCUGCUGUCCUAUGCCACAGGCCGUGUGCUGUGCCGAUCAGGAGCAUUGCUGUCCGCAGGGUUGCAAGUGUGACUCGACUCAAAAAACCUGUGUACGUCCUGGCCUUCCCAGCAUGCCCUGGUUCAGGAAACAGUCUGCGCUGAAGCAGUCUGAAGAUCAUACUCCAGUGGACAGACACAUGUGUGACAAUAAAACCAGCUGUCCAAAAGACGAUACAUGCUGCUUUAUGAAGAACCUCGGCAAGUGGGGCUGCUGUCCGCUGCCAAAGGCGGUGUGUUGUGAGGAUGGAGAUCACUGCUGUCCUAGGGGCUACAAGUGCAAUGAGAAGAAAACAACCUGCACUAAAGCCUACCAUGAGAUCCCCUGGUACACAAAACAAGAGGCCAGGGUCGUGGAGGGGUUCAGAAGUUCAGAAGAGGAGGUGCUGUGUGACGCGUCGACACGCUGCUUAAAGACACAGAGCUGCUGUAGACGAUCAGACUCCACAUGGGCCUGCUGUCCGUAUAAAGAGGCAGUAUGCUGUGAAGACAUGAAGCACUGUUGCCCUGUGGGAUACAGAUGUGACCCAGAAGUCCAAGGCUGCACUAAAGCAUCCACAUCCAUGUGGUGGGAGAAUUCACUUUAAGUGAAAAACCACAGACUGACACUGAACCACAUGUCCAUUACACAAAUAUACAUCUCUCCACACACACACGUGAGCGCUUCGACACGCUACGUGUUGCAUAAAGCAUUGUUUUAAGAUGCCGUCUUCAGACAAGAGACUAUGCAUCUAGUGUUUUUUGUAUUUAGCUUUCAUUACAAUAAAAACACGCAGAGCCUUAUAUUUGAGCAGGAUACACUGAGAGACUUUAGUUUCUGAUUUAAACCCGUUUUGUUGAAAGGAAACCAGGGCAUAUUUCAAAUCCUAGUAAUUCAUAUUAAAGGCUGGAGUUUUGUGUUGUUAAAGAUAUCGAGAGUGUCAGACAAUUAUUUGCUUUUUUUCUAUAUGAAAUAUAUAUUGAAGGUGUCUGUGUGCAUUUUUAAAAAAAUCAUUGAAAGCAUUUGUAUUCAAAUUCAAGUGUCAUUCUCAACAUAGUUGCUUUAGUGUUACGUCUAUUUUUAUCUCAUUUAAUUAUUUACCGAAGGGUGAAGUGAAUCUAGUUAUUGAUUUCCUUGUGACAGAAUGAGAGUUGAUUUAUUCUUUUUUUCCUGUUAAUUGCUGAAGUGGAUUUGUUGUUGUUUUUUGGUUAAUUAUGCCAGAAAAAACACUGAAAUUAAAUACUUUUGAAAUAGA